AUGGCAAUAUCACGCCUUACAGGUUCAGCACGUCAAUGGUAUACCGAUAAUACAUCGAAAGUGACAUCAUGGGAAAAACUGCAGGAGGAGAUGAUAAAACGUUUUAAACGUACCACAUCGUCCAUAAAACUAGAACUACGUGAACGCAAACAACAUGCAGACGAAUCCGUGACAAAAUAUUACGAUGAUAUUAUCCGAUUGUGUGAUGAAAUCGAUUGGGAAAUGUCAAACUCAACGAUUAUUGAUUAUUUAGAAGAAGGUUUGCGUGAGGAUUUGCAAGCGCAGGUCAUGCUUCAAAUGAGUAUGUUGCCGAUACAGAAAAAACAACAAUAA